AUGUUUCCUCCGAUCAUGCAUUAUGUUGGGAUUUGAUUCCAGAACCGAAUAAUUUGUCACGUAAAAUUCAGAGACCAUGUCCAAUGGUUAAAAAUAGGAAAAGAGCAGCAUCAACAGCAGCACCGGCAAAUAAUUCGGAUAUGUUUACCGUAUCAUUUACUUGUUCGGUUGAAAAUGAAAACCCAGAAUUAUGUCGAAAAGUUAAGAAUGCGUUUUAUACAGCUGGACAAAUUAUUUCUUCCAGCAUAAAACUUAAUACACCAUUGAUAGUUAAUGCUUCAUUGGUAAAUUUUUGUACAACAAGAGGUAUAUGCCUAGAUGGACCAACUGGUCGUUUAACUUUAGGUGGUGCUGGACCUUCAAGACUUAUUCCUAUUGAAAAAGAUCAACGAGUAUAUCCUCAAUCCAUCUUAAAACAAUUAAACAAAGAAAAUCACCCAGAAUAUUCUCCAUAUGAUAUUAAUGCUCUAUUUAAUAGUGAAGGAAAUUAUUGGUUUGAAGAAGAUGGUCCAAUAAAGCUAAAUCAAUCUGAUUUUUUAUUUGUAAUUUUACAUGAAUUAAUUCAUGGAUUAGGGUUUUGCAGUGGUUGGGAUGAUCAUAGUGAUAUGUUAGGCAUACAGAAUAUAAUAACUCCAACACCUCUUUUUUUAACAACCAUUACAGGACAGGUCAUUUUUGGUGGAUUUAGAGAGUUCAUAUUUGAUAAAUUUAUGGUAUUAUUAUCUGAUGGCACUCGCAUUUCCAAUCUUACUGAGGAGUUGAAUAAAUUCUCUGGUGUUGGAACUACUCAUAAUUCAAUGGAUGAUUUUUUAAAUUACUUUAUGAAUACUUUUCCUUCAUCUCCUGAAUACCAAAUUGUUCAAAAAAUGAUGAAUAUAUCUACUACACCUAAAUCUCUGGGGAUUUUACCAUUAAAUAAAACUGAUAUUAAAGAUGCUUUUAUUUUAGAAACUUCACUUUCACCUUUUUUGCCCAAGUCAAGUAUCAGCCAUUGUGAUUAUAUAACUUAUACCAAAUCUUCUGAUUUCUUAAUGAGAUAUUUACAAGAUCCUGGUAUUUCUUUAAAAAGAUCUAUUCGUUUAGGUGGAAAUUAUGUAAAUGGUCCUAUUGGGCCUAAACUAGCUGAAACAUUAUCUUUAAUAGGAUAUCAAAUUCAAAAUUUACCAAAUACAUUUAAACCAAAUCCUAAUGAAAUAGUAGUAGAUGAUGAAAUUAAUAUUGCAUCAUCUUUAAAAGCUUUUAACUUAAAUUAUUUAAUUAUAAAAUUUUUAUUUUUUUAUUAUAUAAUGAUGGACUUUUAAUUAUUAUAAUAUUUUUAAUUUUAAAUUAAAAAUAUUUAUAUACUAUUUUAUUAUUAAUUU